AUGUCAGAAUUUCAAAUUGAUUCAUCCGAAUGGAAAUUUAAAUUACAAAAAGAAAUCAAUGAGCCAUCAGAUCCACAAUUAGCUAUUGAUGAAUUACGUACAUUAAUUAAAGGUGAUAUUUUUUUGAAAUCAAGAAUGGAUGAUGCAUUUAUGCUUAAAUUUUUAAGAGCUAGAAAAUUUCAAGUAAAUAAAGCAUUUAAAUUGAUACAAAAUUAUUUUGAAGCUAAAGAAAAAAAUCCAAAAUUAUUCAAUUUGACUUUUCCAUCCAAGAACAAAGUUUUUUUGGAAAGCGGGACAGUUUUUAUGUUACCACACAGAGAUCAGCACGGGCGUGAAAUUUAUGUUUUUAGAAUGGACAAGGUUUUAUCUGGAAUCAGCAUAGAAGAUGUUUUUAAGAUAAACUUGAUGAUUUUGGAAGUUAUAUCUGAACACCCAGAAACUCAACUUGCUGGUAUGAUUGCAAUUGCUGAUUUUACCGGAUUUAAGUGGUUGAAACACUAUCAAUAUUUAUCACCUUACUAUGCCAAAAAGUCUGCUGAAGUUGUGCAAGAAAGUUUCCCAUUAAGAUUUCAAGGCUUUCAUUUUAUCAACGAACCAUUAUACUUAUACACCGUAUAUUCAAUCAUGAAACCAUUUUUGAAAGAAAAACUGCGAUGCCGGGUUCAUUUUCACGGAAGUAAUUUCAAUUCUUUACACAAGUACAUUGCUCCAAAUAUUUUGCCAACAUAUUUUGAUGGUAAUCUGGAAUUUGAUCCUAUAACUUGGGUACAACAACUCUUGAGUAAAGAACAGUAUCUUAAAGAACUAGGACAAUAUGGAUACAACAGGUGAAAAGACAAUUCCCAAUGUAGCUACUUAUUAUGUAUAAUUCGAAUUAUUUUAGUACCUACUACUUACCUGUAAUAUAGUAAUCGGUGUUUCGCAUCAUCUUUAUAAUUUAUAUUAUUUAUUUUGAAAAAUGUGUUAAUCAAUAUUAUGCGAUAGGUACAGUAAA